AUGAGGAUCCAAGCCCUCACUCUACUUUCUGCCUUGGCCUUUGUUAAUGCACAAAAACUAAACAACAGGCACCUUAAUGUCGCUCACAGGCGUCAGGCAACGUCAGCGUCAUCCUCUGCUUCUGCCCCAGCAGCAGCAGCAGCGACAAGUCCACCUGUCUCUUCCGCCCCUCCUCCUGCCGCGUCAUCCACGACCACGUCCGCUUCCGUGCCAGCUGCAGCGCCUCCAGCUUCUUCCUCAGCUUCUGUUGGCUCUACCACCACUGGCUCUGCUUCCGCUUCUGCGGUGACAACGCCAACAAGCACCGGGCCUCCUCCCUUGGCUACGGGCACUGAUAUUCCCGCUCUUGCGAAUAUCACCCUUGGUAUGCCAACGCACGCGCCUCUACCGCCAGCCACCACGUAUCCAGUUGGCGCGACACCCCCUGUGUCUGGUGCCCCAGUUCUUCCCACAACCUUUGUGUUCCGAAGUGGCGACUGGCCGGCCCAGGAUAAGGUCCCUGAUACCAGCUCCCCACAGGUUGCGGAAUGGAUGAAGGAGCUUGAUGGUUUCAAUAUACCCAAUAUCAACCCCACUGUUGAUGGAUCUUGUGUUGGAGAUCCCGCUGCCGCUGCGGAUGCUCAGAACCGUGGCUGGUGGACUUGCGGUGGCUGGACCCGUUCAACUGAUAUCACCUCUUGUCCUGAUAAAGGGACUUGGGGUGUUAGCUUUGACGACGGCCCAUCAUUCUAUAGUGCGAACUUGCUCAACUACCUGGACCAGAAGAAGAUUUCUGCUACUUUCUUUGUCGUCGGUUCUCGUGUCAUUGAACGGCCCGCCGUUCUGAUCGAAGAGUACAUGGCCGGACAUGAGAUUAGCGUGCACACCUGGUCGCACAGGCCUCUCACUAGCUUGACGACUCCUCAAAUUGUGGCCGAGCUUGGCUGGACUCGCAAGGCCAUCAAGAACGUGCUCGGAGUUGCUCCUACUACCAUGCGUCCUCCUUAUGGUGAUAUUGAUGACCGUGUUCGAGCAAUUUCCUUGGCGAUGGGCAUGGUUCCCAUCAUGUGGACCCGCACACCCUCCGGCGGAGUGUUUGAUACCAAUGACUGGAGAGUCGCCGGCGGCCAAGUCAAUGGAACCGACUCUUUCAAUACCUUCGAAACCAUCCUCACGAACGCAACAGGCAUGGACCAUGGGUUCAUCGUUCUGCAGCACGAUUUGUUCGAGAUCACCGUCGACCUUGCCAUCGGUUACACCUUGAACGCUGCGUUGACACACAACCCCCCAUUCAACCUUCUUCCCAUUGGUCAAUGCUCCAAGAUCCCCACGUCUAAUCUUUAUCUGGAAUCCAACAAGAAUGCUUCAUUCCCAGCUACCAAUCAUACCGGUGGCGGCGUUGAUAUCGACGGCAACGGCAAAACUGAUACCAAAUCAGGUGCCGCCUCAUCAUCAUCCAGUUCUGCCUUCGGCCACCAAGUUCCUCUACUUUUUGCACUGGUGUUGUCUGGCUCGGCUCUCAUUUUCGGCUUAUUUUGA